CUGAUUAUUUGUGUUUCAGAUGGGACAAACGGUUAUCUUCUCAACAAGCUAUGUCAAUUUUUCUAUUAGCUGAAAAAGCAAAACAUGAAUCAUCAUUCUGGUAUCCUUACAUCAACAUAUUACCUAAGAAGUACACUACACCUUCCUUUUUCUCCGAGACUGAACUGAAUCUCCUGCCCAAAACUGUAAGGUCACGAGCCUCAACAGAGAUCUCAAAAGUACACACAGCAUUUAAGUUGGUUACAGACUUUAUCAGGUCCUGCUGGCCUGAGUUAGCACCAGUUAUAACACUUCCAGAUUUUUUGUGGGCUUGGUAUUCUGUCAACACUAGAUCUGUGUACUAUAAACACAACUUGUGUGAAGAAUUCCUGGCUGACGGGAACCACCUAGCCCUGGCACCAUUCCUGGACCUGCUUAACCAUUCAUAUGAUGCUAAUAUAACUGCAGCUUUCAAUGUAAACAGUAAUUGCUAUGAGAUCCAGACUGAGAACACAUACAGGAAGUACGAUCAGGUGUUUAUAUCCUACGGUAACCAUGACAACGCUCACUUGUUAGUAGAGUAUGGGUUUGUUCUACCCAACAACCCUAAUGACGCUGUGGAAUUCAGUUUUG